AUGCGGUCAAAAAAGUACCUUGGGUUCAUUAUUGACGAACAUGGCCGCCGUCCGGACCCGGAGAACAUUGAAUCGAUCAAACGUAUACCAGCACCCACAGACGUCGCUUCCCUCAGGUCUUUCCUCGGUCUCGUCUACGGGAAGCUCUCGCCUGAGUUCGACACAUCAAGUGGUGUCCGUCAGGGAUGUCCUCUUUCACCUUUCCUCUCCAACUUCGUCAUUGAUACGAUCAAUGAAGACUCACUACCAGCCUGUAAUGCUUGGGAGUUCGAAGUGCUCCCUGGGCCUCAGCUCACGGGCAUCGAGUACGCAGACGACAUAGCUCUCCUGGGAUCUAACCCCGUGAUGGCCGGUGAUCAGGUGUGUUAUACACUGAUUGGUUUGUCUCCAGACGCCAAAACCUACUCAGAACAACAACUGAAGGAUGACCUUCAGCACAACAGCGUUGAUAUUAAACGAGAGGCUCUAAAAGAAGUCAUUCGGCUGAUUGUUAAUGGCGAAAAGUUUCCAAACAUACUGAUGACAGUGAUUCGUUUUGUGAUGCCUUCGCAGGAUCAUAUGAUAAAAAAACUACUGUUGUUGUUCUGGGAAGUCGUACCCAAAUACGGCCCGGAUGGAAAAUUGUUGCAUGAAAUGAUUUUGGUAUGCGAUGCCUAUCGCAAGGACUUGCAGCAUCCAAACGAGUUCAUUAGGGGUUCUACUCUGCGAUUUCUGUGCAAACUUAAGGAACCAGAAUUACUGGAACCAUUGAUGCCAGCUAUUCAGCAAUGCUUAGAACACAGACAUGCUUAUGUUCGCCGAAAUGCCGUGCUAGCCAUUUUCACCAUCUACAAAAAUUUUGAGCACUUGAUUCCCGAUGCUCCCGAGAAGAUGCUUCGCUUCCUAGAGCAAGAGCAAGAUGCAUCGUGCAAGCGAAAUGCAUUCAUGAUGUUGCUGCACGUUAGCCAAGCCAGCGCACUAGACUACUUGGUCGAGCGUUUGGAUCAGAUUCAAAACUUUGGUGACAUCAUGCAGCUUAUCGUUGUGGAACUUAUCUACAAGGUCUGUUUGGCCAAGCCUGCCGAACGACUACGUUUUAUCCGAUGUAUCUAUAGCCUUCUCCAAUCCAACAGUCCGGCUGUACGCUAUGAAGCAGCGGGUACGCUAAUCACACUGAGUUCUGCACCUUCCGCACUCAAGGCAGCAGCCAGCUGCUAUGUGAAUUUAAUCCUGAAGGAAAGUGACAACAACGUAAAGCUCAUCGUACUUUCUCGACUUAUGGAUCUUCGCCAAUAUCAUGAACGCAUACUUCAAGGUUUGGUGAUGGAUAUUGUACAAAUAUUAGCGGCAUCUGAUAUGGAGAUUCGCCAGAAAACAUUGGAUUUCACCAUGGAUCUGGUGACUUCGCGCACUGCUGACGAACUGAUCAAACUGUAUCGAAAAGAGCUUCUCAAAGCGUGCAGUAGUGGUGGGGGUGGCAGAGCUGUUACUUCCGUCCCUUCAACAGUUGGUUCUGGGGGAGAUGGGGGCAACGAAAAGUCAGGCACUUUGUCGUCAGAUAGUUCAGAGGAGGCAAAGUAUCGGUAUGCUCUUGUCCAUACUAUCUACGACAUCUCUGUGCGCUUUCCGGAGACACUGAGCACCAUUAUUCCAACCGUCUGUGAUGUAUUAACCUACGAAGAAUUGGCUGACUCAAAAGCUGCUUCUGAAGCUUGCCGUUUUAUUCGCGAAGUACUUUAUCGGUAUCCGCAGAAAAGGCCUGAGAUUUUGGAGAAGUUGAUGCAAAUAUUUCCGACUGUUUGUGGGCAGGAAACACUGCGUCACCUGGUUUGGAUAUUUGGCGAGUUUUGUACCACCUUCGAGGAGAUCAACACUUGCAUCACUCUGUUCCGCCAGGUUAUCGGUGACUUGCCUCUAGUUGACGAGGAACUACGCCGACAGGCACAAGAAAAUGGCUCGGAAGUGGAGACUUCUGCGCUACUUUCUACUGAUGCUACUGUUGGGCUUACUCCUGCACAGCGUGUCACUGCUGACGGUACAUACGUAACUCAGACAGCACUGACUACAGUCUCGAACAAACCCACUUCUGGUGCCAAGGCCGUCAAACGCCCCGUACUUCAAUCGGCCCUAUUCGAAGCAUCCUACAUGCCUGGUGUUGUUCUCUCGGUUUGCCUGGUGAAAUUGUACUAUCGCUAUGUAUCGGCUCUGUCCGAGCAGUUGAAAAAGGAUGAGAAGAAGCUUGCAGCACGCGAGAACUCUUUCGCAGCAGAAUGUAUGCUGAUCAUUGCAAGCAUGCUGCACCUCGCCAACAGUGGCCUGUUAUCCCAUCAAAUUAAUCCAGACCACUUAGACCGUAUGUGGAUAUGUCUGAAGGUUCUGGCUGACCGACGCUCAGAGGUUCUAAAAGCGUUUGAGGAAAGCUCGCGUGCAUGUAUGUCUGAUUUGUUAACCUACCAAGAGUCUGAGCGGAAAGCUGCUGCGAAAUCACGAAAUCGCAGUUUGGAACAGCGGCAGCAACUUGAGGCGGAGAUGAACCGCGCAGACGCACCUAUCAAGUUCUCACUUCUAGCCGGGCAAUCUGAUCUUGGCGAUUCGGUUGAUCGAUUUGACCUCACACUGAGCCAGGCUCUUGGUGCUGCUGCGAGGGGUGGAGACGCUUAUGCGACGUCGAAGUUGGGAAAAGUUAGACAACUUACUGGAUUCUCUGACCCAGUUUAUGCGGAGGCCUACGUACAUGUGAAUCAGUUCGAUAUUGUGUUAGACGUAUUGAUUGUAAACCAGACACGUGAUACCCUACAGAACCUCACCUUGGAACUAUCAACAUUGGGUGACUUGCGUCUCGUGGAAAAGCCUUCUCCACUGACAGUGGCUCCACAAGAUUUUGCCAACAUCAAGGCGAACAUCAAGGUGUCUUCAACGGAAAAUGGAAUCAUCUUUGGGAACAUAGCCUAUGAUAUUCGUGGGUCAGCUGGCGAGACCACUUGCAUCGUUCUUAACGACAUCCACAUUGAUAUCAUGGAGUACAUUCUGCCGGCCACUUGUUCGCCCGGAGAGUUCCGCCAAAUGUGGUCGGAAUUUGAGUGGGAGAAUAAGGUUACUGUGAACACCCAAAUAAACGAUCUGUUUGCCUAUUUGUCACACAUUACUGCCCAUACGAAUCUGCGCUGCUUGACUCCGAUGGAGGCCCUCCUUGGUGACUGUGAUUAUUUAUGCGUGACCAUGUAUGCGCGCACCGUAUUCGGCGAACAUGUGCUGGCCAAUCUGUGUCUGGAAAAGACCGAGCCAGAUCAGCCGGUCACCGGACACGUACGAAUCCGAGCGAAGACGCAGGGGAUGGCUGUGACGAUGGGAGAAAAGGUGAGCACUUGUCAAAAAAAUUGGCAGCACGUUGGUUCGAAUGCGCCCGCCACGAGCAAUGGACUAAAUGACGAGGACGGUGGCAAUAAAAUUCGUGCUGACGAUGAGGCGAUUGGCACGUUUCGCACCCAUUCCCCGGUAUCUUUUGAAGCCGAUCUCGAAUAGGAAGUCAGAAGGUGCCAGGAUGUGUUACGACGCUUAAGACUGUGCAUACAUGAUUUCCGGAGUAAAACAGUGUCUCCCUGUUCAAUUUGUUCUGGGGCUUCGUUCCCUGCAGUGUGUCGGCAGGAUCCCUUAUCUGCCUCUCUUUAUUUUGUGGUUUGUCUUGGGUACCCUGGCGCGCCCCGUCCUAACCACCCUGACCCACCUCGUUUGUGAUUGUUUGGUCACCAAUCGUCUGCUACUACUACUACUUCUUUUUUAUUAACUACUUACAUGUUUGGAUAUCCGGUUCAUCGGAUCUAUGAACUAUGCUAUUUGUGAGUGUUCCUUUCCUUCACUUGUUUGGGUUAUCGCGGUGUGGUGUAAUGGCGGUAAUUCAUGCUAUGUGAAAACUUUGCUACUCCAGCGUAAGUCUUGAGACUGGCUGACGCGCCUAUUUUUCAGUUGUGCUUGUCCGUCCGGUUUGUGAAUCUGGGCGGUCAGGUCAAGAGAGUUGGUUAACCGAUUGGUCAGUUUUGGUUCAGCACGAGCAUUUCUUUGUGCUUACGACGUAAGGAUACAGCUGGGGUCAAAUGCCCGGCUACGGUGUAGAUAAAACGAAUAUCACCUGUUCAACCUCUUUUUUAUUUGCCCAUGAAAGUCGG